AUGGCAUCCGUUAAAGUUGCGAUCGCUAGUAAUUCGCUGGGCAAGUCGGCUGCAGGGCAUACACUGCUUCAUAAACUCGAGGCAGCCAAAUUGCACGGAUUCGAUGGAGUGGAGGUUGCAAUCGAGUGUCUUGAAGCGCAUUCUUCUGCCUUCUCUGAAUCAUCUCGAGCUUCCCGCCUGCGCGCAGCCGCCGCUGAUGUUGACCGAAAGGCGCAAGAACUAUCUUUAUCUUUGAUUGCACUCAACCCAUUUGGCGCAUACGAUGGUCUUAUUGACCCAGCCGAAGUUGAGUCUCGUCUAGAGGAGGCGGAGCUUUGGUGUGAUCUUUGUCGCUUGAUGCGAAUUCCAAUCCUUCAGAUCACAUCGUGUCUCUACCCCAUUGAUCCUGCCAGAAUCACGCCAGAUGUAACCACAAUCGCUGCAAACAUGAAGCGAUUGGGUCUUCUUGCCAAAAAAUACGAUUUACAAGUUGGAUACGAAGCGCCCGCCUGGGGGACUCACCUCAACACUUGGCAGCAAAUCCAUGAGAUUAUCAAGCUUAUUGAUCUUCCCAACGUUCGUCAUUGUCUUGAUACCUUCCAUAUUUCUGCCAAAGAGGCAGGCGAUCCGUUCAGUGCUGUGGCUCCUAUCCGACCAGGCGGACUGACGAAUCUACGUCGAUCCUUGGAUGAAAUGAAACGAACAGUGACGCCAAAUCAAAUUGCCUAUUUUCAGUUAAGUGAUGCAAUGGUUGCGGAUCAAAGCCAAGUGGGCUACCCUCGGCGUGACCUCAAGCAGCCCCCCUACAUGACUCAAUCGCGAAACUGCCGGAUCUUCCCCUGUGAAGCGAACCGCGGGGGUGUUCUUCCUGCACUUGAAGUUGCGAAAGCCGUGUUUGAUCUUGGGUACACUGGAUGGGUGUCGAUGGAAGUAUUUCAUACUGAUAUGUGGAAUCCGCGCUCUUCAGUACCCGACGACUGGGCUAGAAGAGGAAUGGCCUCAUGGCGAGAAAUAUCCUUCCAUUGCGGGCUUGGUCGGCAUACAAAUGGGAAGUUGUGA